AUGGUGUUUGGCAGUAACGGAGGCUUGUCUUCUGUCAGAAAGCUGUGCUACAGAAAGAAGGAAGAGACCCUGGCAACCGCAGCAUUUGGUGUGAAAACCCCAUUUGGAAAGAAGGCUGCAGGGCAGCAGCCCAGGACAGCCACAGGAAAUACCAGUGUGUCUGUUACCAUGAUGAAGAGAAAGGCUGCACACAAGAAGCACAGGCCCACAUCCCAGCCUCAGGGAAGCAUUAUAGGCAGAAUUCGGCAUGAAUGGAAAGAUGGAGAUGAACCCCUAACACAGUGGAAGGGAACCAUUCUGGAUCAGCUCUUAGAUUAUUAUAAAGAUGGUGACCCACACAUCCUUCCAGAUUCCAAUGAUUCUCCUCUUACAGAGGGGGAGCCAGGAGAAGUUGUAGACAGCCUUGUAGGCUAACAGCUGGAAUAUGCCAAAGCGGAUGACUCUAAGAGAACUGGCAUGGUCAUUCAUCAAGCAGAAGUAAAACCCUCUGUGUACUUCAUCAAAUUUGAUGAUGAUUUCCAUAUCUAUGUCUAUGAUUUGGUAAAAACAUCUUAG